UCAGCAGCCAGCCAGCCAGCACUGUUAGUUAGGGCCACAGAGACUUUAGGGCCACAGAAUCGUUACUUAGGGACACAGAAUAUCGUUACUCAAGGACACAGAAUUGUUACUCAGGGAGACACAGAAUUGUUACUCAGGGACACAGAAUUGUUACUCAGGGACAGACACAGAAUUGUUACUCAGGGACACAGAAUUGUUACUCAGGGACACAGAAUUGUUACUGAGGGACACAGAAUCGUUACUCAGGGACACAGAAUUGUUACUCAGGGACACAGAAUUGUUACUCAGGAUAGACACAGAAUUGUUACUCAGGGACACAGAAUUGUUACUCAGGGACACAGAAUGUUACUCAGGGACCACAGAAUGUUACUCAGGACACACAGAAUUGUUACUCAGGGGGACACAGAAUUGUUACACAGGGACACAGAAUUGUUACUGAGG